UAUCGCAAUCAAGCUAACCAUAAAAAUAAAAUGGAGGCCUUCACAUUGAUUCUAGCGGGAAUUCUCAUUUUAUUUGUGAUUCUUUGUUUAUCUAUUGCCGCCUUGCUUUAUGUCAGUGGCGUUUUAAAACCUAUAGAUGUUGGAGCAGGCACCCCACCCAUAGGGCAAGCCGUAGUUGCCUAUAAAUUCGCACAAGGACCGUACAAAUAUGCAGGAAAUUUGUUCACUGAAGUUUGUCGUGUCGCCCCGGACCAUAAAUGCCUUGGAAUUUACUAUGACAACCCAAACGAGGUACCGAGUGACAAGUGUCGCUAUAUAGUCGGAGCUGUGCUCAGUGAAGGCGGAGUAAAAGUAGAACCUGAGGUGGUAGAGAGAAUGACAUCUGAAGAUUUCAAAAUUAUUGAACUACCCGCACUAACAAACUGUGUAAAGACUUCAUUUCCAUAUGUGAACACACUGUCCAUCAUGAUAGCUGUAAUGAGGGUCUACCCAAAAAUGAACAAAUACAUUAAGGAACACAAGUUGUGCGCUUAUCCAAUGCUUGAAAUAUAUGAGCCUACUGUUAUUCACUUCAUGGCACCAUUGUCCCAGCAAGAGCAGUUCUUUGCCAAAGAAGCCCUUGAAUGCAUUCCAGAAGAAUAUCAAGCAGAGAAAGAUGAGUCCAGUUUGGAUAUAUCGGCUAGAUCAAGUCCCGCGCCAUCUAGUAGAUGCUCUCGUAGUGUCUCCUCAUUUAGUCAUAGUUACGUAAGUAGUCGAUAUGGUGACAAUACGUACACUGAUGAUGAGUCUGAUACUGACAACAAAAAUGACGAGGAAAAUAUUGAUGAUAGCAUUCAAGAUGAUGAAGUAAGUUCAAGCAUUGAGGUAAGACCUUCAAAGGCUUGUACAAAUCUUCUAGAAGAAACAGAUGUUAAUGUACUAAAGGAAGAGGAAGCAUUGAUGAAAGUAGGUAAAGAUGACUCUGUUUGCAGAGGUGAUGAGAGCGGGAUAAGUCUGCAGGAUUCUGGGAUAUGUUCCGGACGUACGUCUGCCAUUCCUACAGAAACUGAAAGUCUGACUGAUGUCAGAAGUCCUGCUGGAGCAGAUGGAAAUGAUUCUUCUUCUUCCUUUGAAGAAAUUAAUAUGGAACAAGCUGAAAAAGAAACUGCAUCUCUGGAGGGAAGCAAUGAAACAAAAUCUGAACCAUAAUGAAUUUGUUUUCCAACUUGCUUCAAGACUCUUGUUCCAUGUAUAUCUAGAACAAAAUUUGUUUCCGUUACCUGAACCAUGGAAUAUAUAGAGGACAUUGUUUGUUUUUUUUUUAGUAAGAUGUACUUACUUUUUUCAUCUUGUGAGCUGCGAAAAAAGUAUUAUCACGAGUGGCUGUAAAGCUAUCAAAAGUAAAACGUAAUCUUCUGAAUACAAGUUUAUAGAAGUACAAUGUAGGAAUGCUUAAAAUAGAAAACAAGAUCAUUGACAAAUGUUGGUUGUGGGGUAAAAUGUAGCCCAGUUGGUAAUUUCUGUAAAAGAUUAAUAUAAUUGUUUAAUUUAUUGAAUAGAUAGAUAUGCUUUGAAGUAGUAUGCCAUAUGUAUUGCUAAUUUUGUGCAAUACUGUUAAAUUUGCCAUAAAUACUUUAUUUUUCCAUGAGUGGGGCUUUCAGAUAUUUAUAAGGCAUAUAUUUGUUUAACCAAUUUUGAAAUGUUCAGGAAAGACAUUAUCUGGUUGGCUACCAACUUAAAAACUUUUGUAGUGAACUGUGAGUGUGAACUAGUGUUAGAUUCAAACCAAGUUCUUUAUAAUUUACAAAUGUACAUGUAUACAGACAAUGUAAAUGCUCAAUGGUUUAUCAAAGAAACCUUGGUGUUCACCGUCGUGCUGGUAAAAGUGGAUUCUAAGGCUUAAUAUCUUGAGUGAGAAAGUAUUAUUGUACACAUAUAAUAUUACUUGAAGGUCAUUUGUGGGCUCUGAGGCAGAAGAGAAAAGUAUCCAAGAAAUCUUUAAGAAAAAUGCUAGUUCAGAAUUUGGCACUUGUUACACUUUAGAAUCAUACUGAAUUUCCCUCAUAUGAUAACCCUAAUUUAAAGCCUAAAGGUCAAAAUGUGAUCUUUGUGAAGUGUGAUUUUUGUGUUCGACUGUGCAAAAGAUCACGAAAAUUAUGUACUAACAAUGCCUGAUAGCUAUUUUAUACUUUAAUGUUACACUUGUGUACUUGUUUGUAUUAUUAUACACUUACUGAAGGUCUGAAGGAUUAAGGGCCAAUUGUUUUACAAUGGAUUGGCAAGCCAUUACAUUAGUGUUUUUAUUACAUGACAUCAAAAAUAUUUUAAUCACCAUGUUGAUAGAUUCUACUGUCAGAGAUACUGUAAACUUUUCACAUUUUUGCGAACUUUUUAGCUUACCUGAAGAAGGUUCAAGGGGAGCUACUGUGAUGGUGCUGUGUGUAGUAUUAACAUUUUACACUUACCAUGCUAAAUUUCUAUGAUGAACUUGUCCAUCUUCCAAUUUGGACAGUACCAUUAACUCCUAAAAGGGGUCCAUACCAAAACAGAUACUGACUGAAUAGCAAACAGUGCAGAUCAUGAUCAGACUGCACAGAUUUGCAGGUUGAUCAUGAUCUACACUGGUCGCAAAUGCAGAACCAAUCGUGUCCAGCAUGACUUUAUUAUUUCAUAAAAUUUGUAGGAGAGUUCUUGCAGUAAUUUGUCCUUCAUAUAAACAUGACCUGUAAAAUUCCAAGUUUUCUUGAUGGGAAACUUUUAUGCAAUCAUGGAGCACUGAUCAGUGACCUAAAGUAGUUAAUGAUCAGCUGAUGACUUUGAGUGUUUAUUAUUUUGGCUGAAUGAUUCACCAUUUGUAGGCAAUAGGAUUAAGUUACAAUGUAGAUAUUAGUCAAAAAUAGCAUUCUUUAGCUUAGGAGCAAAUUGUAUUUACCAAGACAUAAAGUAUGUAAUCAGUCAUUUUUAGCUCCACUAUUCUGAGAAUAGGGGUGCUAUUCUACUCACCCUGGCAUUGGCGUCGCACCUUGGUUAAAGUUUUGCAUGCAAGUAUUUAUAACUAUCAUUUAAAGGCAUAUAGCUUUGAAACUUAUUUUUACUUUUUCUAGGCCAAUUAUCAACCUCACAUGGUCAAGUCACAUAACUCUGACAUGUAUUUUGGUCAAAUAUUGCACCAUUUUGGACUUAGAAAAUCCUGGUUUAAGUUUUGCAUAUAUGUUAGUAUCUCAAAAAUUAAUGCAGAUGUUGAAAUGAAACUUCACAUGUGUCUUCAGGAUUAUAAAACUAGUCACAGGUAGCAGCAAGUCCUAUAAAUUUGACAUGCAUUUGGCCAAAUUAUACCCCCUUUUGGACUUAGAAAAUCUAGGUUAAAGUCUUGCAUACAAGUUACUAUCUUCAAAACUAAUGCAGAUACUGUAAAAUCAUUUAAUUUCGUGGGCAUGAAAUUUUGUGGUUUUGAUCUAAACUGCAAUUUUGUGGGGAUAUGAAUUUGUGGAUUUAAACUUUUGAACAUAAAAUGAAUGAGAAAUUUUCUUGUUAGUUGGGAUUAAAUUUCGUGGAUUGACUUAACCACAAAAUCCACGAAAAUUAGUCCCCCACGAAUAUUAAUGAUUUCACAGUAUACCAGUAGGUAUUGUAACAUUCUGCUUUUUGGACAACAAUUCAAAUAGUCAAGCAUUGGCUGUCUUACGGACAGCUCUUGUUAUACUACCUGUAUACCCACUGAAUUGUCUGUGUACAGGCAUCGGGUAAAACUAUCACAUUCCAGAAUAUUGUCAGUGCUUGCAUGCUUUAAUUGUUUUACACAAGUACAGCUGAUCAAGAAGGAAAUUGUAAGCAAAAGAAAACAUGUUUUUGUAUGCAUUUAAAGGCAUUAUUGAAGUGACAUAUCUGUGUUGGUUCAAAAUUGAGUAUAGCUAUUUUUGUCAGCUUUGAAAGUUGUAUUGUAGCAUCAGUUUUUCAGUUUACAUAGAUGAGUUUCACAACUGAAUGUGAAGAAAUUGUCUGAGUAUUUUGUACAUGAAGAAAUGUUGUGUUUCAAUUAUUGUGUUCUGGGUAAACAAAUGUGCUUUCAAUUAUAUUGAUAUACAACUUGUAGUUUUUGUUGGAUGUAAAUAAAAUACUGGUUGAAAUGUAAA